AUGUACAUUAAUAUAGUCUAUUUUAUCAUUAUAUUUUUUCCAUCCUAUGUGUAUUUAUGUAAUUAUCAAUUAAAUAAUAGUAGUGGUACUAUUUUACUUCCACCCUAUGAUAAUAAUAUUGAAUGUACAUGGAUAUUUAACUUAUCAUUAAUAUCAAAUCAUAUACAUUUUCGUAGUCUUUUAUUAACAUUUCAUCAUUUUGAUACUGAAUAUGGUCAUGAUGAAUUAUUUAUUGGAGAAACAAUUCCCGAUGUAUCAAAAUAUAAUUCCAAAUUAUUUCGUUUUUCUGGUUCAAAAUUACCUGAUCCUUGUUUAAUAUCACUUCGUGCUUCGAAUUUAACACGAUUUAUAUGGAUGCAGUUUAUUAGUGAUAAAACAAAUACUGGCUCGGGGUUUAUUCUUGAUUAUGUAUUUCUAGUCAAUCCAUCUAUAACUACACGAACAAAAUCUCCAAAACUUUUGAUAAAUACUAAUAUUCGUCAUCCAUUAGAUAAUAAAUCACGAAAUAUUCAAUUAAGUUAUCCAUAUCCAUUUGGAACUAUUUCAAGUCCAAAUUAUCCACAAAAUUAUUCGGAUAAUAUUAUCUGUCGAUGGAAUCUAUAUCAUCAAAAUGCAUUUAUUCGAUUAUAUAUUGAAAAAUUUCAUACAGAAUUACAUUAUGAUACAUUAACAUUAUAUCUUGGUGAAAAUUUAAAUAAUCGUGCUAUGAUUUUAUAUGAAUUAUCUGGUGAUGAUAUUGAGAAUAAACAUUUAUUUAUUCCAAAUGAUAAUUUAUUUCUUAUAUUUAAUACUGAUAAAUCAAAUAGUGCAUCAGGAUUUUUUCUUCAUUAUCAUAUUAUUGAAAAAGGUAUUUGUUUUUUUUU